AUGGCGAUUUCGCAGGAUCUCUAUCCAUCCGAAGACGAUUUGGUUUACGAAGAAGAGUUGCUUCGUAACCCUUUCAGUCUCAAGCUAUGGUGGAGAUACCUAAUAGCCCGUUCAGAUUCGCCUUUCAAAAAGCGCGUGGUUAUUUACGAAAGAGCACUCAAGGCUCUUCCUGGUAGCUACAAGCUGUGGCACGCUUACCUCCGUGAACGUCUCGAAAUCGUUCGCAGUCUACCUGUCACUCACCCGCAGUUCAAGAGCCUCAACAACACCUUUGAACGUGCGCUAGUAACUAUGCAUAAAAUGCCUCGUAUAUGGAUAAUGUUUCUUCAGACACUUACUCACCAGAAACUUAUCACUCUUACAAGAAGAAACUUUGAUAGAGCACUCUGUGCACUUCCUGUUACUCAGCAUGAUCGAAUCUGGGAACAUUAUCUGUUCUUUGUUAGUCAAAAGGGUAUCCCAAUUGAAACAUCUCUUAGGGUUUAUCGCAGGUACUUGCAAUAUGACCCUAAUCAUAUUGAGGAUUUUAUUGAGUUUUUGAUUAAUUCUAGUCUCUGGCAAGAGGCUGCGGAGCGGUUGGCUUCAGUGUUGAAUGAUGAUAGGUUUUAUUCUAUUAAGGGUAAAACAAAGCAUAGGCUUUGGUUAGAGUUAUGUGAUUUGUUGACCAGGCAUGCGAACGAAGUGUCUGGGUUGAAUGUGGAUGCGAUUAUUAGGGGUGGUAUUAGGAAAUUCUCGGAUGAGGUUGGUCGAUUGUGGACCUCACUUGCCGAGUAUUACAUUAGGAGGGGUUUGCAUGAGAAGGCUAGGGAUGUGUUUGAGGAGGGUAUGUCCACUGUCAUUACUGUAAGGGAUUUUAGUGUCAUAUUUGAUUCCUACUCGCAAUUUGAAGAGAGUAUGCUUGCUUAUAAGAUGGAAGAGAUGGAUAUUGAUGAAGAAGAUGAAGAAAAUGAAGAUGGGGCGAAUGAGAAGGAAGAGGAGGAGGAGGAUGAAGAUGUUCGUUUCAAAUAUGAAGACUUUGAGAAGAAGAUUUUUAGUGGGUUUUGGUUGAAUGACAAAAAUGACAUUGACUUGAGAUUGGCCCGGUUUGACUACCUCAUGGAUAGGAGGCCUGAAUUGGCUAAUAGUGUACUUUUGCGUCAAAACCCUCAUAAUGUAGAACAAUGGCACCGGAGGGUGAAGCUUUUUGAGGGUAACCCCACUAAGCAAAUUCUCACUUACACGGAGGCUGUUAGGACGGUUGAUCCCAUGAAGGCGGUGGGAAAACCUCAUACGUUAUGGGUUGCCUUCGCGAAGCUUUACGAACAGCACAACGAUCUUGCCAAUGCUCGGGUUAUUUUUGACAAGGCAGUGCAGGUAAACUACAAAACUGUGGAUAAUUUGGCUAGUAUCUGGUGUGAGUGGGCUGAGUUAGAGUUGAAACAUAAGAAUUUCAAAGGAGCACUUGAGCUUAUGAGGCGGGCGACUGCAGAGCCAUCAGUUGAGGUGAAACGAAAAGUGGCGGCUGAUGGGAAUCAACCAGUUCAGAUGAAGCUUCAUAAAUCUCUGAGAUUGUGGACCUUUUAUGUUGAUUUGGAAGAGAGUCUAGGUGAUUUGGAGUCUACUCGGGCAGUUUAUGAACGGAUUUUGGAUUUACGAAUAGCCACACCACAAGUAAUAAUCAAUUAUGCAUAUUUUCUGGAGGAGCACAAAUACUUUGAAGAUGCGUUUAAGGUUUAUGAAAGAGGAGUGAAGAUAUUUAAGUACCCACAUGUUAAGGAUAUUUGGGUUACAUAUCUGUCUAAAUUUGUGAAGAGAUAUGGAAGGACUAAAUUGGAGAGAGCAAGAGAGCUGUUUGAGAACGCGGUUGAAACGGCCCCGGCUGAUCAAGUGAAGCCUCUCUAUCUGCAGUAUGCUAAGCUGGAGGAGGAUUAUGGACUAGCAAAGCGAGCUAUGAAGGUUUAUGAUCAAGCCACUAAAGCUGUUCCCAACAAUGAGAAGUUGAGCAUGUAUGAAAUAUACAUAUCCCGUGCAGCUGAGAUAUUCGGCGUACCCAAAACACGAGAGAUUUAUGAGCAAGCAAUUGAAUCUGGUCUUCCAGAUAAGGAUGUCAAAGCUAUGUGUUUGAAGUAUGCCGAGCUGGAAAGAAGUUUGGGAGAAAUUGAGCGUGCCCGUGGUAUAUAUGUUUUUGCUUCAAAGUUUGCUGAUCCACGGUCUGAUCCAGACUUCUGGAAUAAAUGGCAUGAAUUUGAGGUUCAGCAUGGAAAUGAGGAUACAUUUAGAGAAAUGCUUCGAAUUAAACGGAGUGUGUCUGCAAGCUACAGCCAGACACAUUUUAUACUGCCCGAGUAUCUGAUGCAGAAGGAUCAAACUGUGAAUCUUGAUGAAGCCAAAGACAAACUUAAAGAGGCUGGGAUCCCUGAGGAUGAAAUGGCUGCUUUAGAAAGGCAAUUAGCCCCAGCCGCGGACAAAGCAGCGACCAAAGAGAGAAAAGUUGGGUUUGUAAGUGCUGGAGUGGAGUCACAGUCGGACGGAGGGAUAAAGUCCAAUGCAAACCACGAGGAAAUUGAAUUACCUGAAGAAAAUGACUCUGAUGAUGAUGAUGAUGAUAAGAUUGAAAUUGCUCAAAAAGAUGUCCCUUCUGCUGUUUUUGGCGGUUUGAUUAGAAAGAGAGACGAGAUUGAAAAUGAUAGAGAAGUAGAUGGUAAUGCAAAAGAAAAGGAUAAUGAAACCAGGCUUGGUGCUCUUGAGAGAAUUAAGAAGCUGAAACGGAACUAA